GACCGCCAAUAGGAGCGCACGUUAAGUCGACGCUCUAAAGAAAAAUCGAAAUAAAAGAAUAAACGCGCGAUACAAUUGUCGAUAAAAAUGCGCCGCUUUCUCUCCGAUGUCGGGGUUUUGUUGCGUAAACAGCGAGUGGAAAAGGGGUCGCGUUUCGCGUCGUAAAGCCCGCACACCGACACCGCAGGCUACAUAACGGUACAGAAUGGCCUGGAUCUAUAAGAAGAAGUGGGUGCUAGCGAGCAGCCUGGUGUUGGCCGUGUCUCUCUUCGUGGUGUUGGUGAAUUACUUGGAGAAGCCGUACUUACAGCCGAUCCUGCAAAAAGGCUUCAGAUACACGUGGAUAACAUCAUGGCAAAGAAAAGUGGCACGUCAACAUCCGGGCUACGUCAGCGUGCCCAAAAGGGAGCCGCUGAAGCUGAGCUGUGAUGUGUGCAGCGUGGUGUCAAGCUCGGGGCAGAUUCUGGGUCGUGGUGCGGGCACCGAGAUCGAUGGGGCUGCAUGCGUUUGGCGGAUGAACAACGCUCCGACGCUACGGUAUGAGAAGGAUGUGGGUAACCGCACAAACCUGCGUGUGGUCUCGCACACCAGCGUGCCUCUGCUGCUGCACAAACCACAGCACUUCUUUGGCCCGGCGUCUAACGGCACCGUGUACGUGGUGUGGGGGCCGCGGCGCAACAUGAGUCCAGACGGAAACGGCCUCAUCUACAACAUGCUGAGACGCGCCGCAGACGACUUCCCCAAAGCUCGCAUCUAUGUCACCACUGACGAGCGCAUGGACUACUGCGACAAGGUGUUCAAGAAGGAGACGGGCCGGGACAGGAUUACCUCAGGGUCAUACCUGAGCACUGGAUGGUUCACCCUUAUCUUAGCCAUGGACAUAUGCAAGGAGAUCCGUGUGUAUGGGAUGAUCAACGACACCUACUGCAAAUCUGAUGGCUACAGGAAAGUGCCGUAUCACUACUACGAAGUCGGAAGCCGUGACGAGUGUGCCGAGUACGUCCUGCACGAGAGCGCCCCUUAUGGCGGCCACCGCUUCAUUACAGAGAAGACCGUUUUUGGAAAGUGGGCCAAGGUUCACCCUAUCAAGUUUUUCCACCCCGAAUGGCAGCUGUCAUGACCAAAGCAGGCCUAUAGAUUGUCUCAAACAAUGAGGCCUGAUUGGUCCAAAAACACUCCAUGUCUUAAUGCACAAACGAACAAGUGGCCAUGAACAGCCCGAAACAAUCGUCUCAACCCGUCCUGAUUACACACCGAUUACAGCGUGGAUCUGAAGGGUCAUAAUAGGAAGGAAGAGAGACGCUCGGAUGUUUGGGACGCUGCAUGUUUUUAUGAACAACAGAACAAUUCCAUAGCAGGAGUAACAAAUCACAUCACGUGUGUAAGGACAGAAUGUAGCCAGAGACAAAGGGUCAUAUUUACUAAUGUUUUACACUUUUUAUUUAUUGCAUACACAUGUACAGCAGAAGUUCUUCAACUUUUCCCACGAGUACGUUUUGGAGCUGUCACUACUCCGAAACCCUCAUAAAGGGAACUCAGUUUGUUCUGUUACCCCUGGACAGCCUUCGUACCCCAUUGUUUUACAACAAAUGAACAUGUUCGAGAUAAUGAGCAACAGUUUAUCAGGCCUAGACAUGGUGCCGUUAACAGACCUCACAUACACCUCACAUACUUCCAUUAAAAUCACUUUUCAUCUUAAUCACUCUGAUGACCCCAAUGGACCAUGCUGGAGUCUUCAGGUUAGGAACCCCUGAUUCAUAGGAAUAUCCAUUCCAGAGGGUUGUUGUAAUUAAACUAUUUAUACAGGUUCAUCAACGCAAAUUUGCCUCCCCCAGCAUACAGGGGUCAACCAGUCAUCUUUAAAAAGGGUUCCUAAGGGUUCCUUAACAGUGCUUUGGAUAGAAACCCUUAGCUUUCCUUCAGAAAUAAUAAAAAAAGAAAUUUACUCCUCAACACCUCAUCAGAGCCGUGUUCACACUGCAAGUCUUAAUGCUCAAUUCGGAUAUUUUGCUCAGAGCUGAUUUUUUCUGUUUGGCUGUUCACAUUACCUUUUAAAAUGUGGCCUAUAUCAGAUACCAGUGUGAACUGUUUGCUGUUUCGAACCGACCUGCAUGCGCAAACAAACAAUAACAAUGACGUCACACGCAGCACGCCAAAGUUGCGCUAAAGUUGGCGAGGUUAUGGAGGAAGUAAGUGUGUUCGCUUUUCUUUCUAAAUGUUUGUGUAAUGGCAGCACAGAGACGCAGCGUUUUGAAAAUUUUCAGAUGUCGAGGGCGACUUUUGAUUAUUUGAUCCAUUUUGUAGGCGUAGUCACGUUUGUGUGCGAACUCGCCGGCGCAUAAUUGUGACGAAUGUCGAUGUAGAUUGUCGUAAAAGUCGCAUCAAAUCCGCCUCGGUUAUUCACACUGCGGCCACAUUGGAAAAAAUCAGAUUUGGGUCUGAUUCAGGACCACAUAUGGAAGUGGUCUGAAUCUGAUUUGAAAAAAAUCAGAUCUGGGAUAGAUUUGAGUGUUCACACUACUCCUGAAGAAGUCUGACCUGGUCACUUGACCCCAAAAAAAUCAGAUUUGGGUCACUUUUACCUGCAGUGUGAACGUGGCCCAGGUUCCUCUUAGUAAAUAUGGCCCAAAGGAUCGCUUGUCAUUGGACGACUAACCCUUAGGGGCUGUACGAAGGUAGUGAGUGGAAUAUGUUUAUUUGACUGGGUGUAUUUUAGGUGUAUGUUAUUUAUUUUGCUGGACUUCCUUUUCGUUCAAAAUCAGCCAGUCACAUGCUUUUUUUUUUUUUUUUUUUUUUUAAAUAAAUUUAUUUAUUUAUUGGAUCCAUUACCCGGAAUUGAACGACAGUCUGUUUUGAUUUGAAGAAUUUUUGUCUCUUUUUAUCCACUGUGAAGGAAAGAUGUCUGAUGUGUACAUCCUCAUAAUCUGUACUCCAGAAUUCUCCCAAUCCCUACAGAGCUCUUUCUUGUUAAACCUCAAGGCUAACGGUUAUCUGCUGUAGCUUCACGCUAAACCCUGCGGCCCUGUACGUGAAGAUUUCGCUUGUGUUUUUGAAAUAACUACAUUUAAAAAAAAAAAACACAGCCUGAGCUCGUAAACCGAAUCUGUCACAGUGUCACCGUGACUCAACACUCCACCGCCGCAAACUGUGCCGCCGCACGAAGGCAGAACAGCGUUAAUUGAAGUACCGGGUUGAGGCUGGAAUGAAAGUAAAGAGCUUACCAAAGGAUGGAUGUUUUCUUUUUUUUUUUUUUUUUUUUUUUUGCCCUUUUUGUCUGAGCAAAAAGGCGAGACAGGAAAUUUGAAUUCUUUAUGUCAGGAUCGUUAUCAUAAUGAAAUUUCUUUCGCGUUCGUGCCGGCUCGUUCUGUAAUUUGUAUUUUUUUUUUUCUAUUGAUACUUUUUGGAUUUAAAAUGAACAAAGCUCCUAAAAAAAAAAAUAGAUAUUUCUGUCUCCUAUAGAUAUUUGCAUCGAAGCCCGUAGCUCAGUGCUGUUUAAUAAACAGAGUGAAACUAAAGUAAAGGGCUGAAGUUCAGCUGUGAAUACGUUCCUCAUCUGAUAUCCGAAUCCAGAUCAAACACAAUAUUAUCAGCUCAACCUACCUUACAGAAUGCUCUGUAGGGCUCUAAUUACUGACUGUAGCCCAUCUGUUGCGGCGCACAAUGUUUUGGCCCCCCUUCUAACCUGUCUAUAGAUGGAAAGGCAACACCGCAGGAACAGAUGUUAUUUGGUUGGUGGUUUCAUUCUCAGCACAGCAGUGACUCAGUGUGCGUAAGUGUGCGUGUGCUUGUGUGUGUGCGGGUGCAUGUCGGUACGAGUGUACGAGGAAAUCACGCCUUCAGAAAUCAUGACCAGGAAUGGACGCUGGUGGGGACUUGAGCUAAAGCUGUAGGAUUGUUUUAUUCAGUCCUACUCUGGCUCGCUCCUGGAGGAAUUCUGUUCAAUCCCUCUUUGGGAAUUUUGUCCAUUCCAACAAGACCUGGCUAGAAUUCCCACCUCUCCCCAAAGACAUUCAGGCGAAUCACACCCAUCCUACACACAUAUAGUAGGAAUUGUGUUCAUCUGCUCCGUUUCUAUAGGAAUUCCAUCUGAAUCCUAAAAGAAUUCGAACCCAUCUCACAUCCUCACAUAGGAAUUCUGAGCAAUCCCAAAUGAAUUCUACCUAAUCCUUGCCACUCCCAUAGGAACCCUGAUCAGCCCUGUUUGCAUUACCGUUCAUUUACACCACUAUGACCCUGACCAGGAUAAAGCAUGUAAUGAAGAUGGAUGGAUGGAUGGAUGGAUGGAUGAGUUAUUUGAUAGAUGUAUGAAUGAAUGAAUGAAUGAACGAAUGAAUGAAUUGAUGGUUGGAUGGAUUGAUGUAUAAAUCGGUGGAUGGAUGUGUGGCUGAAUGAAUGAACUGAUGGAUAAAUUGAUGAAUGUAUGAAUAAACGAAUGAAUGAAUUGUUAAAUGAAUGAAAGAAUGGAUGGAUGGAUGGAUGGAAUGCACUGCAUGUGCAGCAUGUUCCUAUAUUGUUGAACGUGGCAUUCGUAUCUCUCUACCACACACAUCACCAAUCAGAUGUUUCACCCCGCUAUCAUGAAGCAGUUCUUCUUGGCCCUCAGGUGCAGUUGUGUAUUAUUAGUCCCUUAUAUUCUCUCAGAAGUCUAUGUCAUGUUUACCCACGAUGCCUUUUAACACCAUCACAGGGUGUGUUCAGCACAUACGCCCACGUGUGUGUGUGUGUGUGUGUGUGUGUGUGUGUGAAUGUUCACACGAUUCAGAGCUCGUCCCUGGUUUUAAUCUUAUUAUCUCAAGUGCUUUUAUUGUAUGUUUGAAGUUUGUGUUUGGAAAUGUUUGCUUUCAUGUAUCGAGUGUUUUCUUUUCUUUCUUUUUCUUUACUUUCCAAAUGCAGGAUUUUAAAGAAAUGUGUAGCAGUAGAACUAGAAUUAGAUUGUUAACACUCCCAAAAACGAUUAAUUAACUAAAGCAAAUCCAGAAUCAUUUUUUUUUCCAUUGAAAACAAAUUUUUAUUAUUUACUUUACUUUAUGUUAUGUAAUGAAUUCUGGAACUAAGCACCACUUUUUUUUUUUUUUUUUUCUUCCAAGAAAAAAUCCAGCAUUUUGGACACAGUGUGUUUUAUUUUGUUGAUAAUGAUAUACUAAAGUUUCACACGUGUUUAAGAAUUGGUUUCUAUAGUAACACUAGAGAUAAAAGUAGAAGAAAAAAAAAAAAAAAAAAGCUUUGUUAUGAUAAUCGUUCCGGCUUCUCUGACAUCUUUCUGUGUGCGCGGAAUUUCUUUCUGAACUGUAAUUUUCUACCAAUCGGUUGCGUUUUUUUUUUCUCUCGAUAUUUUGUGUCUUCAUUGUGUGUGUGUGUGUGUGUGUGUGUGUGUGUUUUCUGCAAAGAAAUGCUAA